UAACUCGCGAGGGAAAUGGAAAUGGAAAGGGAACGCGGUUAUACCGCUUUACACUGGGCUGCCAAGCAUGGGAACGAGGAUGUGGUCAAGCUGAUUGCCGGCACCUACAAAGCGGAUGUCAAUGCCCGAACGCAUGGGGGCUAUACACCGCUACACUUGGCUACACAAUUCGGAAGGCAUAAUAUAUUCGAGCUACUAUGGAAUGUUUAUAAGGCUAAUCGUGACAUUAUGGACUGGAGUGGCAAUAAGCCAUUGGACUAUAGUCAACAGCGACCCAGUGUUUCGGCCUCAACGUGCAGCAAAAUCAAGGCACGAAAAAAGCAUGCAAUCGAAAAAGAUUUGGGCUUCCUACGGAUUGGUUCGUUGAAUGUCCGGGUAAAGAAAACAACCGAAGCGUUCAGCAACUUCUUGGGAGUGGGCAAUGGCAAUGCCCUGACGGCGUAUGGACCUGGCGGAGUCUCCGGAGCAGCCCCAAUCGAAGCGGGUCGCCAUCACCAGCGAACUCACCGUCACCAUCAUCAGCGUCAUCCACAUCAUGCCAAUGGUACGACACGGGAUCGGCAUCCGAAUCAGAGAGCGUCGACGACAAUACCAUACGGCUCGACUAAUGUGCUGGGCUCCCGGUCCAGUGUGCCAAUCAAUCGGAAUAUAUAUGACGCUGUACACAAAUCGUGGGGCUCAGCCGAUAAUAUAACACAGCGUCCCGACACGCUAAUGCCACCACCGAAAUCGGUUGACUACGUCUCGAAACGAUACAAAUCUUCUAAACGUUCAUCGUAUGCCUCGAAUGCCACCGACUCACCCCGUGACUCCAUUUGUUCCUCGAACUCCAGCUCGAACCUUAACUCUGGCUACAGUAGCAUGCCAACUACUCCAAAUCAAAUACGUGCUCCUAAGAACAUUGGAAUCACAGCCGAUUCCGAUUCGGAUUCAGCUUGUGGAUUUGACUCCAAUUGGUCUGUCAACGGUCGUAAUUCAGUUAACAAUAAUAUCCUAAGAUCCUAAAUUCUAACAAGUUUAUCAAUUUUUUAAAUACAUUUCAUAAACGAAACACCAAUAAUUCCAUGAGGCAUUAUCUAAUAUAAGACAAUACAAAGCUGAAGGGUUUACUUUAUAAUACUGAAACGUAAUGUACUACUAGAUAUGAUAUCAUAUAUAUUAUAUAUAUCACUUUGAUAUCUAUAAAAGAAUCUCUCAAAAAAUAAAAAAUGUUAAAAGGCAAUCGCCUAUUAAAACAACUAUAUAUAUUCAUAAAAUUUCACAAGACAUAGAAAAUGCAAUGUUUUCAUAUGGAAUUAUACAAAUAAAAGUAAUCAAAGAUUCAGAA